AAAACCCAUUCACAUUUAAUACAAGUACGAAGUAGUAAGAUUAGUAACUGAGAAAGCCUUGCACCAUUUUCUCCGUUCACCGGCGACCGAACAAAGAAGCCUAUUAACCAACUUUCCGCUUUCUCUCUCCUCCGUUGUUCGUCGGAUUUUCCGGCGAGGUUUUUCUCUCACCAUUUCUAUUUCUUGAUUCUGAGCUGUUGACUAGUUUGAAGCAAAAACUUUAGCUUACAUUGCAUUGAUUUCCUGGUUUUGCGAGCAGUUGAUCAUUGCAUUUUGUUCAGUUGGCGAAAAUGGUUUCGUUCGAGAUGAAUGACAGAAAAAAGAUUGGAUUAGGCUUGACUGGAUUUGGCGUCUUUUUCACAUUCCUUGGAGUUGUUUUCUUGUUUGACAAGGGAUUACUUGCCAUGGGAAAUAUCCUCUUUCUGUCUGGGUUGGGACUAACUAUUGGACUGACGUCCACUCUGCAGUUUUUCAUGAAGCCUUCAAAUUAUAAGGGAACAAUCUCCUUUGGUGCUGGCUUCUUUUUUGUUGUGAUAGGCUGGCCAAUAGUGGGCAUGAUUUUGGAAUCUUAUGGUUUCCUUGUACUCUUCAGUGGUUUUUGGCCUACAUUGUCAGUUUUUGUCCAGAGGAUUCCUGUUCUUGGUUGGAUAUUCCAACAGCCAUAUAUCAGAUCGUUGUUAAAUCGAUACCGUGGGAAACGCGUGCCUGUUUGAAUCCAAAGCCGUGAAAUGUUUGCAUUUGUAGUCUAACACUGUUGGAGGAACGUGUAACCUCUCUUGAUUCUUCCUAAGUGGUGGCAGUGUACAGGUUCUAUAGAUGAUGCUUCGUACAACCUCAUCCUUAUCAUAGUGUAUGGAAACCGUAAGCUCCUUGUUUUGAUUUUGAAUUGCCAGUCACUAUUUCCUCUCUUGGUAGACAUAUUCUUUGUAGUAAAUUGUCUUUGUACAGAACCUUUUCUGAUAUAUAGCAAUUAGUAUAGUCAAUAUUGGAUUCUAAAAUUCUGUUAUAGGAUGCUUGUACCAAAUUUUUCCUCGUUUAUGAUUGCUUUUGGAAUGCGUUUUUGUGUGAAGAGAUUAGCGUUUGGAUGUU